GCGACCAGGAACUCGGCGCCUACAGCGAAGCCUUUGGAUGCGCUGUAUUAGUGACAUCGACAGACCCGCAGGCUUUUCCCGUGAUUCACGGGCAAGGCCCGGUUGGCUUCGAGGUGGAACACUGCCUGAGCGUCGACGGCGCCGGUCACGGAGAUCGCAACCGGAAUGCACUUGCAGAAGCUUGGAGGGAGGAAAGGUCCCUCAAAAGAGCCGUGGCCAGUGCCUUCGAUUGCGCCGCGUCGGACAUGGGGCAUGCCGAGGCGAGCGAAGCAUGCGGCUUCGAUCCGGAGGACAUGUGGAAGGAUUAUGAACCUAAGGAGGAGUGCCCUGCGCCGGAGUCGCCAGUCCCGGAACGCUAUCGCGGCCAGCCUCUGCCGAAGAGGCGGUCUGCGCUAAUCAAUUCCUGGCUUUAUCGAGCUCAAAAGAAGCAGGAGGCGGAAGAGGCAAUGGAAAGUUGGCUCCGCGGGUUCGAGACAAGCGAGGCAGGGGACAACUUCGAGGCGCUCUGGGAGGAGUUUCGGACAGUCGACAAGCAAGCCGAACCUAAUCCCGGGAUCACAGCAUUCCCCAAGGAGAAGGACGGCAUCCUCAUACUUCGCAAUCCAUGGCUCGGACUCAUCCUGUCGGGAAUCAAAACGCUAGAGAUACGUGGAAUGAGGCUGAAGCCACGGACUAUGUGGCUCGGGAGCAAAGGAUUGAUUUUCGGGCAAGCUCGCAUUCAGAGCGUUUGUGAGAUCAAAACAGACGAGCUGUGGAGACAGCUUUACCCGCAGCACCGCUGGGACCGUGACAGUCGUCCUUACAGACGCACCUUCGCGCUACAACUGACAGAUGUGAGGCGCCUCAGUCGGCCCCAGCGGUACACGCACCCCAGCGGCGCCAUCGGCAUCGUCAAGUAUCGCAAGCCCAAGGCCGCCACGACUGCUCCGGAGGCCAGGCCAAAGCGAAGAGUUUCACAGAAAGCCAUGCCAUGUAAAAAAGCCGCCAUGCGGAUCUGA